CAAAUACAACAUAUAGAUAGAAGAAAAUAAGUUUAUGUCGAUGUUACAGUGUUAACAUUACACAAACGACUAGGCAUCACUGAAUUUUGACGCUGUUUCAGCCAUUGUACUUGCGUCGAUUUCAUGUCAUUUAUUUCAUGCUUCUCUACGUGUGUAAGUAAGUGAAACUUUUUAUUUAUUACUAAGUUAUAUUACCUAUAAUCGUAUUUAUUUUUUUUUUUUUAAAUUCUGAGUGGAACGAUUAAUUUAUUGAUCUUACAAUAAUUAUUUGUUUAUGUGAACGCUUAUUCUACCUGAAAGCAUACUCAGAUCAUCAGAUAUGGCACGUUUUUUAGACAGGCGGGUUUUAACGGCUGAUGCUAUAAACAAGUAAUUUUUUUAAAUUCUCAUUGAUAUUCCAAAUAAUGAAGAAAACCUCGGUCUUUAGGUUAAAAAAGAUUGAAAAAUUAAAAACAACGUUGUCAUUGCCAACCGUUUUAUUUUAAUCUUUUUUAAACAAUCAUUGUCAUGUAAACGCACAUUGUUGUAAUAAUUUUACCAUAAUAUAAUAUAUAUAUAUAUAUAUAUGACAUAUCAUAUAUUGUAUUGUUAACAAAGCCACACUAUCGACUGAACUCUGAUCAGAAUUGGUUUUUCGUUAGCAAUGGUUUAUCGUUGCUUACAAAUUUACAUUAAAUUCCCGUCUGUAGCCUACCAAUUUCCCACCUACAAAAGUGGCUGUACCCACGUACGAAGUAUUUUCGUUCUUUUUACUACCGAAUUUGUGAAGAACAUUAUAAUAAAUAGCCUAACGCCCACCAGCACAGACGAAAAUUUUUUUUUUUUCUCUUUCUUUGUGAUAUAACACAGGGAAAUAUUUUUAAAUUGUAUAAAACAGUCACUACUUCUUGACGUAAAAAUAAUAUAGAAAAAGAAAAAAAAGGUAUUUCUUUAAUAUUUAAAAUACGCAUAUCAAAAAAUAAUUGAAAAGUAUUUCAAACAAUUAAAAAUUAUGGUAGAAAAUAUUGUACAUUAAUUUAUUUCUCCAAUGUGGCCUUACUGCAUACUAUUAAUCCAUAUUGCUCUAUGUUAAUAUUGUUUAUGUAUCGGUCAUGGUAAAAGAUAGUGUUCGUGAUUACGGUAUAAGUUUAGGCUUGUGUUAAUUAGUUUAGACUGAUUGAAGAAUAGAGAUUAUUUUCAUUAAGUUCGAACUUGUAGAGUUGUAGCUAGACAUUCUAGUACCUCUAGUUUCUACUGUCAAUGAUAUAAUCUAUGAAAAGGCCAUAAUAGUAAUAUUAUAAACAUUAUUCAUAGAGCAUUAACGCAAAUAAAUCAAACAAUUUUUUUUGUUUUCUAUAAUUUCAACUAUAUCCAUUUUUUUUUCAUAAAUGUAAUGUUAUAUUUUUAAGAAUCUAUCUAAAUAUCUAUAUUUCAAUCAUGGAUGAGUACAGUGAGCAUUUGGAUAUGCGGUCAAAUAUACUUUAUUUUCCGCAUGAAUUGGACCAAAUUGAAAAUAAUUUUGUUGCGCUACAUAACGCACUGAGAAGUGGUAACAUAGAUUAUUGUUUAAAAAGACUAAACAACAUCCUUGCUAAUCCAGAAACUAAACAAAAAAUACUUAACCAGGUAAACUUGAUUUUGGUAAUAGUAAAUUAAAUUGUAUUAAAUAUAUUUUUUUUUUUUAGAAAUAUGUUGGUUAUGACAAUCAAAUAAUGACACUUCUAAUUGAAUCGAUUUUAAGGAACCAACAAUCUUUUGCAAAGACGUUAAUAGCCUCUCAUGUAAAUGUGAAUGCCACAGGAAGGGUGCGACUUUUGGAUUCACUAAUUGAUGAAGUUACACCACUUUGGUGUGCUGCUGGUUAGUAUCUACCAUCAUUUAUAUACAAAACUUCUUCUGAGUUAAAAAAAAAAAUAAAAUAAUUAUCAAUUAAGAUACUUACUAAUGAUACAAUAAUAGAUAUAGCUUUUUAUUUUUUUAACAAUUAAUACAAACUUUUAAAUUAAAAGAAGGGAAUAAUUUUGUUAAUUUGUUCAGUAUUUUUCCCUCAAUUUUUACAUAGGCUAAUAGAUAAAAAUAAUUUGAUUUAACUUUAAUUAAAUAAUCAUUUAUAAGUACUUGUUACCUACCUAUACAAUAAUAUUAAUUUAAUUAAGAGGAUGUUUUCUGUGAUGAUAUAUUAUUAUAACGUGUUAUCUCCGGCUUACUUAUUUUGGUUCAGACUCUGUGCUCUUUGUUUUAAUAUUAGAGUGAAUUGAUCUAAUAUCAAACUUAAAGAUAAAAAUAUUUUAUCACUGGUUUUUUUUUUUUUGUCAUUUUCAUUUUUAAAAGAGUUUUAAGUGUGUGAAGUAUUACAAUUUAAAAACGCUUAUAUCUCGCUUAAAUUCAAAAAAGACUAUACGAACCAGAUAAUGUUCCCAACGUUGACAUUUAUUUUAAAUUCUGCCAUACCUAGCUAUAUUUUUAAAAUAUAUCUGGAUAUUUAUGUAGAAGUAGUUUCUUUGAAAUUAAAAAUAUUAAAAUUAUAAAUCUUCAGUCAAAUUUGUUUCAGCUAAUAAUUAGAUAUUCUAGGUAUGUAUUAACAAAAUCAGUGGUGUAUUAAUGAGAGGUGUUUUAGGUGUAGCAACACUCUUUCCCCCCCCCCCCACCCUCUUGACUGUGUUUAUUUAUUACGGAUGAAUAAUAAAAUGAUGAAAGAUAAAUUAUUUUAUAACGUGGUUAUUCAUCUAUAUGUAACCAUAUGAAUUGCAUAAUAAUGUUAAUAUUUUAUAACAAUUUUGAUGCCAAAUAUUAAUUGUUGAUAUCAAAAACUAAUAUGAUUUAUAGUUAUUUGUUAAGAGGAUGUUACACCUGCAUCAACUGUCUCAAUCCAACUACUGGGUAACAUACAAAAACAAUGCUUAGUCAUGAAUAUCAUCGAUGUUCUUGAAUUAUGAAUUAUUAAAAGUUACAGUUAUCUAAAAGACCAAAAAAUAAACGUUUUUAAAUCAAGCUGAAUAUUUUUAAUAAUACUAAAACCCUAUGUCAUUAUCUCCAAAAUAUUGUUCUCUAUGAAUUUCAUAAUAGGUACUUUUAUUCUAAAAUCAAAAUUAAGCUAGUUUUACUUAUUCUGUGUAAGCAUUGUUUGUGUAUGUUACCCGGUAGUUGGACUUAAACAGUAGAUGCGGGUAUAACAUUUUCUUAACCACAGUUAUUAAUAUAAUUAUUGACAAUUACCAUUUUUUCAUUAAAAAAAUAAAAUAGAUAUUGUUAUUUAUCUGAGUGCAUUUUCUUAAAUCUGUUCAUGAAUAAAUAGUGAUAUUUAUAUAUUGUGAUUAUGGAAAAUUAUUUUAAAUUUUUUUCUGUAAAAUGUUGACAUUAUUUUUUAUUACACUCCAUUUAGAGUGAGGUCACAUGAGCGUUUUAUUAACGGACGUCAUGACGUCCGUUGUUGUUAUUUAGUUCAUGUUUUUCACUUGUAGGUAGAAGGUGAUUUCAUUUUAAUUCAUUUUAAAUUAAAUUUUUUACACUUAAUUAAUAAAAUUGAAGUUAAUAUGGAGACCGAGCAGUUAAUAUCUGAAGUUGAAAAAUGACCAGUAUUGUGGGACACGUCUGAUGAAUCUUAUAAAGACAGAAAUAAAAAAAAUGAAGCUUGGUUUAACGUUACAUCUGCUUUAUAUGAAAAUUUUUCAAACAACACCAAAACUGAAUAAUAAUAACUGAAUAAUUUUCAAAGCAGUAUAAGCAAAAAUCGCAAACUCCUCGUCAUUUUGAUGAUAACUGACGUUGUUCCUAGCAAGUUUGAAUGGAAAAGUAACGUCCGUUAAUAAAACGCUCGUGUGACCUCACUCUUAGACAUUUCUGGCUACGCGACAAAAUUUUAACAAUUUCAAUGGAUAUUCUCUAUUUUUUAUAUUUAUUAAAUUAUUAAUUACGUUGUAGAAUUUUAUGAAAAACAAAUUAUAAUAGUUUAAUAUUAUAGUAAAUACUAAGACUAGUUAAAUUAUGUUUUCUUUAAUUGAUGCUUAUAAAAAUCAUUAAUUUUUUGUCUGUUUUUUCUUAUCAUUUUUAUGUUUGCAGCAUUCGGAUUUGUGGAUUUAGUAAAAUGUCUCAUUGCUGAAGGAGCAAUUAUUAAUAAAGCUACAAAAACUAGAUCAACUCCAUUGCGAGCGGCAUGUUAUAAAGGAUCAUUAGAAUGCGUUGAAUGUUUGGUAGAAAGUGGAGCUAAUAUACAUAAACUUAAUAAAUUUAAAAGCUCAUGUCUUAUGAUCGCUUCUUAUAAAGGUAAAUUUGUUUUUAAAUGCUUUAAAUAUUUUGGGGCUAUAUUAUUGUUUUAUAUUUGUUACAGUAAAUGUGUAAUCGGUUAGUGUUGUUAUAUUUAAAUAUUACCUAUUUUAUGCUGUCAAUUUUAAUAUUUAAGUAUUAAGUAUUUAAGUAUUAACCUAUUAUCAAACUUAAAGGUAUGAAUAUUGUUUGUGGUUUACACAUUGAUUUUUUUUUUUUUUUUUUUUUUUUUUUUUUUUUUUUUUUAAUAUUUUAGUUUUAAAGCGAGUUAGAAUGAUUUUAAGUUAUAAUAUUUUAAAUAUUCGUAACUCGCAUGAAAAUUAAAAAAUUGAAAAAAAAAACUAAUUUAUAAAUACAGACAAUGUUCUUAUCUUAAGGCCUCAUAACAAACAAAUACGCCCUAAUGUUAAAACUAACAGCACAUAAUUGGUUUUCAUAUACAUCAAAGUAUAAAUAUAACAUUUACCGUAACAUAUAUAAAAGGAAAUCUGUAAGUAUAAGCUGUACAAAGAUUGUACUUUUUAAAGUAUUAAUUUUUCCAAUUCAUGUUAAAAUAUUUUUGAUAGAAAUUUUAGAAUAAGUUAUUUUUUUAACAACUUAAAAUAUUUUAUUUGUAUUGAAGUUUGUACCUGAAUGAAUAUAGUAUUUGAUAAUAUUCUGAUUUUUGGAAUACUUAUAUUGUUAAUCAGCACUAAUAAAAUACCACGCCACCACACUAAUAAUACUCCACUACUCUUCUCUUCCUAAUCCUAAAAGUGUGGAAUAUCGCAUUAAAGAAUAGACGGAAAUCAAAUAUGUUGAUACUAAAUUCAAUUAAUCUAACACUGUCUAUUUAUGGAAUUUUUAGUAUAGAUUCUCAUUUUAAAAACCAAAGUUGGUAUCGCCACAGAAUACUUAAAUGUUGUAAAAAAUCUAUUCGAAAAUAUCAGCUUUAACUACAUUUUAAAAUUCUCCAAAAGUCGGAAUGAGAAUAUCAUUCAUUUCAAUAUCAUAUAAUACAGUACCUAUUCAUUACACAGAUAUGGAUUUUUUUUAUGAAAAAUAAUAAUAUUAUAUUAUUUUGAAUGUACAUCUGCUAUGAGGAUAUUUAAAUUAUUAUUAUUAACUUGUGUUUACAUUUUAAUAAUAAUGUAAACUUUUAUACUAAGUUAAUUUGUAAAUUUUUAACUUUGCACAUAAAUAUUUAUUCAAAUAUUUUAUUACUGUUCUUAGGUCAUGAAAAAAUUGUAAAAUAUUUGUUAAGUAAAGGUGCUGAUGUUAAUGGAAAAACCCGAUGUGGAUUGACAUCAAUGCAUUUCGCUGCACAAGCAAAUAAGAUCGAUGUUAUUAAGUUGCUCAUAGAAAAAGGAGCUGUACAAUUCAAGAAUAAACGAUGUAUAAUCAUUUUUUUUUUUAUUUAAAUAAUUAUUAUGAUGUAAAGAAAUUUAUUUUAUUUUAUUUUUUUCAAGCUUUAACUCCAAUUUUGGUCGCGGCUGAAAGAUCUCAUUAUGAUAUUGUACAUUAUCUUCUUAAGAAAAUAAAUUUGACACUGCAAGCCAAAAUCAAAGUAUAUGAAUUGCUUGGUGCAUCAUUUUUAAACGACAAAGAUAAUUAUAAUUUUGAAGAGGGAUUUUCUGCUCUAUUGACAGCAAUGAAAAUUCGGUAAGAUUUUUGAAUACAAUUAUGUUCAAAUUCAAUGAUAGUUUGUGGUAAUAUCAAUGUUUUAUUUUUAAAUAACUAAUAAAUUAUUAAAAUUCAUAUUUUACUGUAGAUGCAGACAUGAAUAUACCCGGAAAAAACCAUAUAAACAAGUUGCUGCUUAUAAUAACCAAAUAGAGUCUGAAACUGUGCAAGCUUUAAUGAAUUUAAGAGACUUUCCUGAUGCCUUACAUUAUGAAUCAUUGAUCAUAAGGUGAUAAAAAUUUUAAUUUUUUUAAGUACCCAAUGAUAACAACUUUAAUGCAAUCCUAUUUAUUAAGGAUGGGUCCUCAGCUUUUGAAUAAAGUCCACUGUUUCUAAAAUUGUAAUUUGAAUUACAAUUAAUUAUGUUAUUUUUAAUAAUAAUUUCAUUUUAACAACAAAGUAUCGACAAUAAUUGACAAUUAUUUGAAUACCGAAUUUGUUUCAAAACUUUUUGAUAGUUAUUAAUUUAAUAUAAAUAUAAUACACUGCAUGAUUAAUUUCUUUAUAGACCAUAUUAUUUUAAGAGUAUUUACACAUCAUCCUAGUUUAUCUAGACCACCAGUGAUGGUAAAACUAAUUAAUUUGUUACCUUUUGUUCAUUUUUUAUUAUGUAUUAUUAUAAUUUACUUUAUUCAAACUUCUACAUUUUAACAAUGUUUUUAUUUUUUAUUUUAUGUAACUUGAAUAUGAUAUUAACUAAAUUAGUAGUUAUGAAUAUAACUAAUAUGUUAUAUUUAAGAUGUGCAAUAAUAUUUGUACAUUAAAAGAACUAAUAAGAAUGAUAAGUGUUAUUUUAUCUUCUGAGAAAACUAAUUUUUACAUGUCUUUUUAGAGAAAGAAUUUUAGGAGAAAAUAAUCCAGAUUUAUUGCCAGCAAUAAUAUUCCGUGGUGCGUGUUAUGCGGAUUCAAAUAAUUAUGCCCCAUGUUUAAAACUUUGGUUUCAUGCGUUACAAAUAUCUAAGAUGAAUGGCCACAGUGUUUCUGAUGAUCUUCUACGUUUUACUCAAGUAAAAAUGAUUACUAAUUAAAAUAAUUUUACUGGUGUAAUGCAAUAAAAAAAAUAUUAUUUUAUAUAGUUGGUUUAAUGAAGUUUCUAUAAUUCCAUCAAAUGCUAAAGCAAUAUUUAAUGUGCAAAUAAUAUGUAUAUUUUUCAAGUUAAUGAAUAUGAUUUGAUCAUAUAGUAUUAUAUUAUAUUAUAUAAUCAUUUUAGCUCUGAGUAACAUAAUUAUUUAGUUGUAUAAUAAUUUUUCUAGAAUUUGAUCAACAGGAAAUAAUAUAGUUGCUGGUAUUCCACUAUAACCAGGAUAAACUGUUUAAUCAUUCGUUUUUAAAAAAACUUAUCAAUAAGAAUUUAGAAUUUUAUUAUUACGAGUGCAUUUUUUGAACUAAUUUAAUUAAUAGCUAUCCAAAUUUUGUUUUAUACGCAAAGGAAAUUAAAAACUAGUUGUUUUUUCAUAGUUUGAAAUUAGCAAUAUUUAUUUUAAAUCAUGCUAGUGUUUUAUUAUAUAUUGUAGGGGUCUAGUUAAUUAUAAGUGCUAUGUAUAGGUACUUUUUUACUAAAAAAAACUUAUGCACACUCAUAUGUGCCAUAGUUUAUUUAAUAAAAUAAAAUAUUUUGUUUUUGACAUGGAAUCAACAUUUUACAGUUUUCUUAUGUUAUCAUUUAUAAAACAGAAAAAUUAAAAAUAGUACUCAUCGGUAUUCUUUAAUACAGAUAUUACUAGGGAUUGCCUACUUACUAAAUAAACUUUUGAAUUAUUAAUUUUAGUAUUAAUGUAUAUUUUUACUAAAUUAUAUUUCAUUAUCAUAUGCUUUUCUGAAAUUAAUAAUAACUACUGAAUUUUUUAUUUUGUUUUGUUAUAUUUGUUUACAUUUAAUUAUAACUGCAAGAAUAAUAUUUAGUGUUUCCACAUAUUAAAUGUAUUUAUUUAUUUAGUUAUUUUGUCGAAUGAUUGAAACUGGUUUUGAUAUUGAAAUGUCAGACUUAGGACAUGUGUUGUCCGCUGCAUUAGAUGAAUUCAAAUUUAAUAAAAGAAAAUUUACUAUACUAAAAAAUAAUCAACAAGUACAGGUAUAAUAUAAAUUUAUAAAUAGUCAAUAAAUAAAUUUCAAAAUAAAUUGUAUCUAAUUAAUUAGGACAUCAUUUUUGGAAAUAUGUUGGCAACACUGGGUUUGAUUACUAUAACCAGUAUGACUCUUGAAAAGGAAUGCAAUUUGGAGCAUCCUUUUAGGAAAGACAUUAUGUGCCUUAUUGUAGAACUAAACAGAAUGAAUCUCAGAACAAAAAAAAAUCAGACAUUACUUCACUUGUGCCUAAGUCAUAUAAAUGUGGACAAUGCUUUUACUACUAAAAUUUGUUGGUAAUUAAUAUUAAUUAUUAUUUUUUAAAUAUUUUUUUGUAAAUUGGAUAGUAUUAUAUAUUCACAUAAAAAAAAUUAUAAUGGUUAAAAAAUGAUUUUGUAAAUUCUUUAAGUAAAUUAUUAAACAAAUUUAGUACCUCUCCUCCUGCUCAUAACUAAUUUGUUUUCAGAAUUGCUACACUAUCUGGAAAACCUAAAAAAAUUUAAAUUUUCAUUGAAAUUCAAGGAUCUAAGAAAAAAAUGUAUAGUACCUAGUCAAAAUGGUAGAUAUAUAUAUAACCCUAUAAUACGUGUAUUGUAUCAAAUUUUAUUAACUGAAAAAAAAUAUUCUAAAUUAAAAAUUUACAUUUUAAGUUUUAAAUUAUUUUACACCACACACAGAUUGUACGUAUACUAUGCAAUAUAAAGUAGAGCUACAAGGAGAGAUUGAGUACAAAUAAUUAAAAUUAUAUGUAACAUAAAACAAAUUUAUAUUUAUUGCUAACACAAGUAUAGAUGGUUAUAAAUAAGUAAUGAAAAAAAUUAAAAAAAAAAAAAAUAGAUUGUUUUAUAUAAUAAAUCAACAGUUCCCAGACUCUUAAAUUCUAGCUCCUUUAUAAAUUUUUGAAAAUUGCACAUAAAUUAUUAUUAUUCUAUAAAUUUAAAAAAAAAAUUACUUUUUUGUAUACUUUAAUAAUAAACUAUAUACAAUAUUCGUGAUAGUUAUUUUCUUAUUGAUAAUAGUAAUUAUAAAAUUGUUUGUGCCUCCCCGGCAAUGUGUUCACGCCCUCUAAAGGAGUAUACUCUCUCAUUUGAGAAACUGAUAUAGGUAUAAAUUAUGCAGUUUUUCAAGUAAAAUAUAUGGGAAAAUUGUGGAAUUUUGUAAUUUAACAUCUGUAGCAACUCUGGUUCUCAAUUAUGGUCUUAGUUAUAUUUAAUUUAUUUUUAUUUUGUAUCUACAAUUGAAAUAAAAUAACCAAUUUUCCUUUUAUCUUUGCAGUUUUCCCAAUUAUCUUUCAAUGAAAUUAUUAAUAUUUUGUGGAGCAGAUGUAAAUGCUUUUGAUAAUAAUCGAAAUACACCACUUCAUUACAUUGGCAAAUUCAUAUCAGAUAAGUAAGUUUUGUAUUUUUAUUUAUAAAGUUUUGUUUGAUAAAUAUGUAUUUAUUUUAAUAAUUUUAUUUAAAGUCCCAGUAUAUCUCAUAACAGUAGAAAUUCAGAUAUCAGAAAAAUGGUAAUAGCGCUAUUGAAUGCUGGUGCUCAUACAGACAUUAUUAACAAUUGUGGUGUCAAUCCUCAUAUCGGUUAUCUUAGAAGUAAUGGUUUAUAUAAAUUAUUUUUUUUUAUUUACUGUACCUACUAUGUGUUCUGUUUAUUCUUUUUUAGAUACUUUUACAUUUACAAGAGGUAUUCCUAGGAGUUUGAAAUGCUUAGCUGCCGGUGCAGUCAGGAAGAACAUUCCAGAACAAUAUUACUGUGAAGAUGUACCACAGAGUUUAUUAACUUUUAUUAAUGUACAUUGAAUUGAUUAAUAGUUAGUACUUAGUAAACUGGUUAAUACAAAUUUAGAAGUAAUUGAAUAAAAUUAAAUUUUCAUGUAGGAUUAUUUUAUUACUAUUUUAUGUUUAUUCUUAGUGUUUAUAUUUUAUAUUAUUUAGUGUUUAAAGAAAGGAAUUGUUACAGCAUGACAACAAAGUAGUACAAAAUCAAACAAAAUUACAUAACUAUACAAUUGUAUAAACAUCAUACUCAUAUCUCUAUUUUAAAUUUUAAAUGCAUUUCAAACCAAAUUUUGACUUACAAAUACUUCAGUUUAUAUAUAUAUAUAUAUAUAUUUUAAACAUCUAAACUUGUUUAUAUUGUUUGAAUCUUCUUUUUUGAAGGUACUAAUUUUAUAGGAUAAUAAUUUUAUUGUGUAAAUUGUGUUUAAGCUUAGUAAAACUAGGUACUUUAAAAAAUAUAGUAUAAAGUAGUAUGUCAGCAUUUAAAAUUAUUAUUUUAUUUAACUGCUUUAUAUAUAUAUAUAUAUAUUAUGUAUUCAAUUAUUGUUAUAAAAACGCUUAUAAAUUUAAAUAAUAAUUUUGUAAAAGUAAUUAUCUACAUAAUUUAAAAUAUAAUAUAAUUUAU